AUGGCUCAUGCGAAAAAGAGACCUUUUUUCUGUCGUUUUUGCAACCGCGAUCUAUUUCUCGCAUCCGAAUUGCAUUUUCAAGGGCAUCUUCGCAUGCAGCAUAAGCAAGAGUAUGAAGUGGAUGCGGCAUAUGGACAGACUUUCGCACGACCGACGGCGCCUUCGCAAACGUACCCAAAGAGUACGACGACCGUUAAUGGUGAAGAAACCGAAGAGGAGGAGCCUGAUUGGGAUAACACCGAGACGGACAGAAUUCGCAAUACAACUGGCAUGGAUGGCGAUGAGCGUGCUUCUGCAAUAAAUGAAUUAAAAUGCACAAUUUGCGAAAAGAUGUACGUGAACGCAAUUUUGUUGAGAAGGCACUUGAGAGAAGACCACGGUGUUACAAACGAACCGCGAUUAAUGACUUUGACCCAAACCGCUGAGCCGACAGCAGUCGCUGCGUUCCGCUGUAGUUUAUGCGACAAAGGCUUCCGAAAGCAAGAGCACCUGGACAAACAUCGAAUUGUGCAUACGGAACAAGUUCCCUUCACCUGUCAGUAUUGCCCAAAGCGUUUCAGAUGGAAGGAGAACCUGAUCAAGCAUCUUAUGUGGCACAACGAACGAAUGCCAUUCAAGUGUUCGGCUUGUGAUCGA